GUUUUUUAUAUUAAGUAUAAUCCUAGGGACGAAAUAGAAAAUAGAACUUUUCUCCAAGCCCCAAGAGAAGAGAUCCGCUCCUUUCACUGACCAAUCUGGACCGGUCCGAAAAACCCGGUCCGAUAGUGCCGCGUCAUAUGCUCUUUUUACUUUGUAAACGAGCGGCAAAGUGGUAAUUUAACAGUCGCCACUGCCGCUAACUGCAACGACGAUUCCCUUAACAGACUCCGCCACAGCAGUUUCGAACGCAGCAUCGUCCGACCAAUGAGAGAACGCCACGUUAACCUCAUCGUCGCUGCACUUUUCCUCAUCGUGACGCCGGCGGCGCGUGGAGACGGAGGCGACGCCGCUGCCGGCGAGUUCUCCGAAGUGCACGAUAAGCUGUCCGGAAUAAUCAUCCCUGGCUUCGCAUCAACGCAGCUCCGAGCAUGGUCGAUUCUAGACUGUCCUUACACGCCUCUUGAUUUCAAUCCUCUCGAUCUAGUCUGGCUCGACACCACUAAACUUCUGUCUGCUGUUAAUUGCUGGCUAAAGUGUAUGAUGCUAGAGCCUUAUAACCAAACAGAUCAUCCUGAAUGCAAGUCGCGACCUGAUAGUGGUCUCUCUGCCAUUACUGAACUUGAUCCAGGCUAUAUAACAGGUCCCUUAUCUUCAGUAUGGAAAGAUUGGGUCAGAUGGUGUAUUGAAUUCGGCAUUAAGGCCAAUUCCAUAAUCGCAGCUCCGUACGACUGGAGAUUGCCACCUGCCAAACUUGAGGAGCGGGAUCUUUACUUCCAUAAACUAAAGCUAACUUUCGAAACUGUUCUUAAGCUUCGUGGUGGGCCGUCAAUAGUUUUUGCUCACUCCUUGGGAAACAAUGUAUUCAGAUACUUCUUAGAGUGGUUGAAGUUAGAAAUUGCCCCUAAACUGUAUAACAAAUGGCUGGAGGAACACAUCCAUGCGUACUUUGCUGUCGGAGCUCCACUUCUUGGAGCAGCUGAGUCCAUUAAAGCAUCAUUAUCUGGAUCUUCUUUUGGUCUCCCGGUAACUGAGGGAACAGCACGAUUGAUGUUCAACUCCUUUGGUUCUUCAAUGUGGAUGAUGCCAGUUUCAAAAAAUUGUCGAACGGAGGACAUGUACUCAAAGCAUUUCUCUACUAGUAACAGAAAGAAUCACUUUUCUUACCAUUGUGACGAGCAAGAAUUUACAGCAAACUAUUCCGGAUGGCCUACUAAUAUAAUCAAUAUUGAGAUCCCUACAAUGCAAGGUACAAAAACACUAAAAAAUUUCAAGGUUUUGUUUAUGAUAAUGAUGCUUUCAAAUGUAUGCUGGAGGGCAGGAGAUGACCUUUAUAAUUCUUUAAUGGGAGCAACAAAACUCCAAAUGCCGGAAUCAGACUAUAGUUUUCCAUCUCUGUUAUCAUUUUCUGCCCGCGAAGUUUCGGAUGGAACCUUUUUCAGAACUAUAGCUAAGUAUGAUCCUGAUGGCCCAAGACAAUUAUACCAAUUGGAAAACUCAUACCACAAUGAUCCUGUUCUGAAUCCUUUAACACCAUGGGAUAGACCACCUCUGAAAAGCAUCUUCUGCAUAUAUGGAAUAGAUUUAAGAACUGAGGUUGGCUACUACUUUGCGCCGAGCGGAAAGCCUUAUCCCGAUAACUGGAUGAUUACUGACGUAAUAUAUGAGUUAGAAGGAUCUCUAUACUCAAGGUCAGGUAAUGUGAUUGAAAGAAACCGCGGAGCUUCAAGUGGGGACGAGACGGUGCCAUACAAUUCCCUCUCUUGGUGCAAGACCUGGUUAGGCUCAAAAGUGAACAUUACAAGGGCUCCUCAGGUGGAGCAUGAAGGUUUGGAUGUUCAAGUGCAUUUAGACGUCGAACACGAGCCCAGGUUAGAUGUAGUUCCCAACAUGACAAGAAAACCGAGGGUGAAGUAUGUAACUUACUAUGAAGAUGCUGAAAGUUUGCCGGGAAAGAGAACAGCAGUUUGGGAGAUUGACAAAGCUAAUCACAGGAACAUCGUUCGAUCUCCUGUGCUAAUGCGGGAGCUUUGGCUCGAGAUGUGGCACGAUAUUCACCCCGAAAAGAAGUCCAAAUUCGUAACAAAAGCCACCCGUGGACCUCUGAGGGAUGACGAUUGCUACUGGGACUAUGGAAGGGCGAGGUGCGCGUGGUCUGCUCACUGCGAAUACAGGUAUCUCUUCGGGGAUGUUCAUCUCGGGCAGAGCUGCAGGCUAAGGAACUCCUCAACCGAAAUUCUGUCGAAAUACGUAUGAACAAUCAGAUUUGUUCCAGGUCAGUUGAACAAUUCAAAG